AUGACUCAAAACCUACAGGAUUAUGCUUAAUAAUUAGUGAAUAUCUCGAUAUCGGAUGAGGAAGACAUAAUCAAUUACUCGCCAAUAAGAUAAUCAAAUUACCCGUAGGUUGCUACUUAGGGUUAACCUUCUGCCAAAAAGUCAAUUGCAACAUCAGUCAAAGGAUAAGCAAAAUCUACUGCUUCAAAAACAUCUAAAAAACCAAGUGGAGUUAAGUCAACCAAGGAUAAAACUAAAGAGAUGAAAGAGCAAUUUGAAGAAUAGGGGAAAUAGCUAAAAUGGUAUUAAGAAGAGUACCAAAGAUUAAAGGAUCAAAAGAAAUAAUUAAAAGAAGAGAAGACUCAAUAUCUUCUAACGAUUAAUACGUAUAAAACAAGGUUAGAGCAAAGUACAGGGAACGAGAAGAAACUCCACUAAUAAUUGAAUGAACAGAUGGAUGUUGCAAAAUAAGCAUUGAAAUAAGCAAAUGAUGCUCAAAUUAGUUUGGAACAGAGCAAACAAAAUUUAAUAUAAUAAUCAUAAAUGGAAGACCUAGUCAGAUAAAGACAAAAAGAAGAUUUAGAGUACAAAUACUAAAAGAAGCUUGAUCAAUCAGUAAAAUAAGCAAUAGUUGAUGCGGAAAGCAAGUAUGAAUUGAGAAUUCAUUAAAUGAAUAAGGAACUCGAUGUGUUGAGAUAAGAGAAUGUUGAACUACAUAAAAGACUGAUGUAGAAUGAAACAAAUAAAAAGCAUUUUUAUGUUUAAAGUGAAAUAGAUUAGUUGAAAACUAAAUAUUUAACAACUAAAGGAUGA